CGGUAGGUCGUAUCACGGCGAAAGGUGAAGAGAGUGGCCGUCAGAGAGAAUCGAAAAAAAGUCUGUAGCCAAGCAUCGUGCAUGGCUGUGUGCUGAUCACACUUCUGAUAUCGGAAACAUUUCGAACUUUGAGGAAGUGGAUCUUGUGAGGUGACCCAAUUGUUUUCCUUUAUCCUGGUAGAAUGGCAGCUGACGACCCCCUCCGCAAUGAACCUUUGGUUUCUGUUGAAUUCGAGGUCUUUGGCAAGGUGCAGGGUGUCUAUUUUCCAAAAUACGUGAGGGAUAUAUGCCAACAAUUGGGAAUUUGCGGUUGGGUGAAGAACACGAAAUCCGGCACGAUACUCGGAAAAAUGCAGGGACCACAUGCGCUCGUCGAUCAGAUGGCACAAUGGCUAACAAAUGUUGGAAGUCCAGGUAGUCAGAUUGAUCGCUGCGAAUUUACGAAUUGGGAGGGCAUUAGUAGGUUACAAUAUAAAGGAUAUGUUAUACGUUUCUAAUUAAACGAUUUCUUUUUAAUAUCACAUUUUUUUCGAAGUUGAAACGAUAAAAUAUAUCUUUUCAAACGUAUUUUAAUGAUUAAAAUAUUUCGACAAUUGAAUUAUGCUCCAGAAAAUAUAGUCAAAAUAUCGAAAUUGUUUAUAGGAUAAAAACUAAUAUUAGUAUAUGUGAAUUAUAAUUUAUUUUUAAUAAGCAUAAUAGAUAAGAAAAUUAAAAAUAAUUAAUUUUUAGAUAUUUUUAACGAAAA